CAUUUCGUUUUUCUUUCAGUCAUCAUUCAGUCACAUUCAGUUAAACUAAUGCAAAAGAAAAAUCUUUCAAUUUUUCUCUAAAAAAAAAAGGAAUUUAUAAUAAAAAAAAAAUUGUUAAUAAAAAUUUAGUACCAAAUAGUGAAUAAUUUGGUCAUUAUCGAUUUUAAAUUUCGAUAAGUUAUUCCAAAAAGUGAGGAGACGAAAGAAUUCUAAUUUCAAAACAUCGAGUUUAAAUAAAAAACAAAAGAAUAAAAACAUGAUUCCGGAUACAGAGAGUGCUUGUCAAACACCGGCAAUGACGUAUCAAUGUCCGGAAGUGUACGAUAAGUUCAAGAGUGAAAGCAGUGGACCGGAAAAUGAGGCAGCCUCAGUUACCGCCUGGAAAAGAUAUCAACACUUCCUUGCUAUUAUGAACCAAAGAGGUGAAAAGUUCAACCGGAAGUCACUGAUCGAAUCAAUGUUUCGAGGCGGUGAUCUUGUUUAUUUAAACCAAUGAUAUUCCCUCAUAUAAUAUACACUACAAUAAGACAUUAAAUUU